CUUUGAUAUCGAUUGCAUCUACUCGAACACGAGAACUACCUAACAGGGCAACCGGUAUAUCAUCCUUUUCUUGCCUAAAUACCACUUGCAGAGGCCUUGAACGAUGUCGGAACAGCUCACGUCGAAAGACCUAAUCAACGAGUCUUUGGACGAAGAGAUGGAACGAAAGGGGACCUCGCCGUACCCCGACUGGCUGAACGUCAAGAAGCAGCUCACUUUCUACGCUUCAUACCACUCGAACCCGGUCAACAUCGCCAUUCACAUGGUUUGCAUCCCGAUGAUCCUAUGGUCAUUCCUCCUCAUCCUCGCCCACGUGCCCUUGACAUCAGCCGCCCCCAAGACCAUAGCACCCUUUCUCAGCUUCCAGAACAACGCCGCCUUGUGGUACAACUCUGCCUAUGUGCUCUACUACUUCGCUUUGGAACCGUUUGGAGCGCUGACCUACCUACCCCAAGCCAUCCUCUCUCAACUCACCGUCACUCACCUAGCCUCCUUCCCCUCGUCCACCCAGUCCCUGCCUGGACCUUUCAAAGGAGUCGGAAGCAUGAAGCUCGCGCUCCUCGUACAGCUUUUCAGCUGGUUGAGCCAGUUCAUCGGGCAUGGCGCUGCAGAGGGGAGGGCGCCGGCGCUUUUGGAUAAUCUGUUGCAAGCGGUCGUCCUGGCGCCGUUCUUUUCGCAUUUGGAGUUCUUGUUCCUCGCUUUCAACUAUAACCCAAAAUUGCAAGCCGAGAUCAAGCAGGGUGUCAAGGAGGACAAGGCGAGGAGGAUGAAGGAGAAGGCCAAGAAGACUCGGUAGAGGCAUCGGACGUCGUCGUAGGAUAGCUAUCAGGAUAGGAUGUGAAAGCAGCAAGGAGCAUCUAUCAGGAUUGUGUACAAGAGCAGGGAUUGCAGGCCGACGAAUAAUGAUAACAUUACACUGAACCGCUUCAGACAGACUUCU